GCGCCUUGCGGACAUAGAGUUGCCCUCCGUCACUCAUGGCGCCUCGUUCUACCCUUGUCUGGACUCUAUUGCAUGCCCCGCAAGAUGCCGUGCGCGAAGACGCCUUCGCGCUCUCAAGAGUGGAUCUUCCUGGCUUACAGGAUGGUGACGUACUACUGCAAAUGAUCUACCUCUCGAACGACCCCGCGCAGCGUGCGUGGAUCCAAAAGGACGGAGACGAAUCUCGCUCGUACACGCGGCCUAUACGCGAAGGAGAUGUGAUGCAUGCCUAUGGAAUCGCCAAGGUGAUAGAGAGCAAGUCCUCAAAAUAUCAAGUCGGGCAGCUCAUCAGGGCAUCUAUGGGAUGGAGGCAGUACCAUGUCAUGUCUGAACAUGCUGUGAUGCCGGUGCCGCAAAUACCGGGUCUCUCGCCGACGGUCGCAUUGGGAGCGCUCGGUGGACCGGCGCUUACUGCUUAUUUCGCGCUGUAUGACAUUUGCCACGUUACUCCGGAGCAGGUUGUACUGGUCUCAGGAGCUGCAGGUGCUACCGGAUCGGCAGCCAUUCAAAUUGCUAAGAAGAUCAUUGGGGCCAAACGCGUAAUUGGAAUCGCCGGUGGUCCACGCAAGUGUGCCUACGUCCGCGAAAUCGGAGCGGACGAAUGUUUGGAUUACAAAGCCCCUGGCUUCAAGGAAGCUCUGCACAAAGCGACGGAAGGUUUUGUGGAUGCCUAUCUGGACCUUGUUGGCGGCGACAUCCUGGAUGCCACUCUCUCUCGGAUGAAGCGUUACGGUCACAUAGCUGCCAUUGGUAGCAUCAGCACCUACAACGAUCCAAAACGGCCGUCGAUCACGAACUGGCAUGAAGUAAUUCAAAAUUCUCUGACAAUUCACGGCUUCAUCAUCGCAGACUAUGCGAACCGGUAUCCCGCAGCUAUCAAGGUGCUCGCACAGGCAAUCCAGGCUGGCAUAAUCGACGUGGAGGGUGGUGAGACCGUAUGCGAGGUCCCGUUCGACAAUGUGCCGCAAGUGUGGAGAGGGCUUUUCACGGGGGCUAAUCAGGGAAAGUUGAUCACGAAGGUGACGAAUCCUUGAGAGAGCACGGGGAGUUAAUAAGUAGCGUGGUGCUGAUGUGACUCGUGAGCGCCUAGUGUAGACUACGAAGCUGUUGCGUACGACUUUCCUACCGGUAUCCUGAUUGUAUGCCGC